GUGUCGUAUUUAGCUUAGUGCGGAAAAACGAAAAUGGCCUGAAACGGGAUUAUGGCAGAUUCAUUUUUUGGGUUUGAAACUGACUUGCCUACUCUGGGAGUAGGCAAGUCGGACUUCGACAAUGAGUUACGUGAAGCACCGGAAGAAGAAGAUGUGUAUGAUAUGAUGAAUGAUGAAACCUUUGGUGCAGCAGAAUUUGAUGGAGACUGGGAAGAGCAGCAUGAAUUGCUGGCUGGAGAAAUAGAAAAACAUGACAGGACCGGCGACUCUGGAUUUGAUACUUCGGAAAAGAAAUAUGAAGGACAAGAAGAGGAUAUGGAACAAAGUAUCAGUCACUUGGUCCUGGAUGAUGAUGAACUGGACGACCCUGCCAUAGUCAAUGUGUCCAAAUCCAGGCCUAUUCCAAUGAAAAAGCAAAGUUUGGAGGAGAUAUUUGGACCAGCUUCUCCACCAGCUUUAUUGGAUACAGAAGACUUAGUAUCACCAGGCCAUCAGAAUAUUUGGAGCUCUCCCAGUAGAGAGGGUUUCUUUGGAAGAAUGAAACAAGACAGUGGCUUUCAUGGCAUGGUACAGAGAACACCUAUACAGGACCCAUCCAUAGUGGUAGCAGGUAAGAGCUUAUCCAGUAGUUUGCCUACUGCCAAGACAGCAUCUCAGAUAGAGCAAGACUUGAAGCAGAUGUUAAGGACACCACAAGCAAAAGCCAUCACUGUGGAGGAACUUGAAAGAGAAAUGCAAACUGGUGUUAUGUCAAAUCAAUAUAAUACUCCCAGAAGUGUGCCACCACAACAAAGGAUAGCUACCCAGGCAGGUCUACAACAGGUACCACAGGAGGAUAUGGAACAAAGUAUCAGUCACUUGGUCCUGGAUGAUGAUGAACUGGACGACCCUGCCAUAGUCAAUGUGUCCAAAUCCAGGCCUAUUCCAAUGAAAAAGCAAAGUUUGGAGGAGAUAUUUGGACCAGCUUCUCCACCAGCUUUAUUGGAUACAGAAGACUUAGUAUCACCAGGCCAUCAGAAUAUUUGGAGCUCUCCCAGUAGAGAGGGUUUCUUUGGAAGAGUGAAACAAGACAGUGGCUUUCAUGGCAUGGUACAGAGAACACCUAUACAGGACCCAUCCAUAGUGGUAGCAGGUAAGAGCUUAUCCAGUAGUUUGCCUACUGCCAAGACAGCAUCUCAGAUAGAGCAAGACUUGAAGCAGAUGUUAAGGACACCACAAGCAAAAGCCAUCACUGUGGAGGAACUUGAAAGAGAAAUGCAAACUGGUGUUAUGUCAAAUCAAUAUAAUACUCCCAGAAGUGUGCCACCACAACAAAGGAUAGCUACCCAGGCAGGUCUACAACAGGUACCACAGCUCCCAGGCUCCAGUCUUCAGCAGCUGAUGUCCAGUGUGUCUGAGAUGGGGCGUACUUCACCAGCACAAGUAGUACCUCAGGGUAGGAUGUCACCAGCAGCAGCCUUCAAUAUCCAGACUCUGAGAGGGUCACCACAAGCCAUGGGCAUGCAAACGCCUGCCAAUCACAGGAGUGCUGCUCGCACCCCAUCCCCGCCCUUACAGCGGGUUGUGUCACCUCAUGCGGUGUCCUUUCCAAUGUCCCCUUAUCAAGCUCGCCUCAUUUCUCCAUAUACAAGAGUCACAGGGUUGGGGCUGGCUGCUGGUCGAAUCUCACCUACUCAGAUGCUGCUUGGCAAUCGAAUGAUGAGCCCCCAGGUGGUUCUACAGGCUGGCAGGCACUCCCCACCCCCAGGUCACCCCAUGAUGACCAGUCCCAUGUUCUCAAGGCUGCCUCCUACCCCCAUGGCAAUGAGUGACCCGUCACACCUGCAUUCCAACAGAGCUAGAAUGAUGCAUCAGGGACAGGCCAGACCCCCCAUGAUGAACAACCCAAAUCGCAACAGACCAGCUUACCCUCUACAACAGCAGCAGCACUGGCAGCAACAACAACAACAGCAGCAACAACAUCAUCUGCAUCAACAGCGUGGGGACUACCAGCAGCAGCGUGGGGACUACCCGCAACAGUAUAACAAUUACCAGCACCGGGAUAACAACCAGCAACAUUGGAAUAGCAACCAACAGCAGCGAGGGGAUUACCGACAAAGGGAUUAUCACCACCAACAGCAGAGAGAUCAUCAUAAUGGUCCUGGGCAGCAGAGAUGGAAAAAAAGAGAUGAGUAUGCUGAUCUCAUGACACAAAAGGAGAAAGACUGGAUUAUCAGGAUUCAGUUGAUGCAGCUGCAGACCGAGAACCCUUUCUUGGAUGAUUAUUAUUACACAACAUACAUGAUGAAAAAGAUGGCUAAGGAGAGAGAAGCCCAGCAGGCUGCUCAAGCUGAAGAGGAAGAAUCCAAGGAGCCAAAAUUAUUGCUGCCUCAGAUAGCAAAAGUGGAAACAAGGACUUACAGGCCAGCCCAGUUUGAGAAUGCUCUUGGUCGGCUGACAUCAUCCAGUGUUCACAAUCCUCGACAGAUCUUGGACAUUGCCAGCAGUCCCCAUACCCAUGCUGAGGAAGGAGAGUAUAAGGGAAAAGAUCUUAGAAAAUACAGGGAAAUUCUCAUUGAUGUUGAACUUGCAUAUACAUUGUUACUGGACAUUGAAGAUAUUGAAAAGAAAGUCCUUGCUCUCCCAGAUGAGGCUAGCAAACCACUUCUCCAGGAGAGGAGGUCUAAAAUUGGAGAGCUGUAUACUAAACUGCAUGUUGAUGAUGAUCGUUUCACCCACCUGAUGAUCAUUAGAAAAGGCAAGAAGUUAGUAGCUAGGAGUAUGACACUUUUUGAUAAGGAACAAAACCAGUCCAUAGUGUCUGCUGUCAUCCAACACUUAGCUCACUUGAUUAAAAAGGAUCAGACAGACAAGGUGUUGCACCAUCUCCAUGACCCAGUACACAGAACUAUUAGUGCUGUGGACAUGGAACUGCUGGGAAGAUUUGCACAAAGUCUGUGUACAGUACAGAAAUCAGGACAACAAGAUAGCAUAGGACUCAUCUUGCAGAACAAGUUUGGAGCAUCUACAGUUUACAGUAUGCUGAGUAGAGCUGAGACCUUACAUGAGGAGGAUCCUCUGGACAGUCAGGAUAAUCAGCUACAAGACAAGUGGUCAUCAUUUGUUAACAGAAUAGCAGAGGUUGUUGGAAAAACAGCAGAAGGCAGUUUAGCUGUUUCCAUGCAAUCAUUUCCAAAAGUGCCACCCCACCUAGAGAGACUGGCCAAUAAGAAUAUCUACCUGGAAAUUGAGAGCAAAUUGGAAAAGUUGUGUUCAAUGAAACAGACAUCUUCGUGAAAGGAUAACUCUAAACAGCAAAUCAUGUUCAGAGCAGAUAAUUUUCUCAGUUCCCUUGUAGUAAAGAACAGAUGGGAGCUUAAUAUAUGAAUAGUAUUGAAAUUUACUUACAGAUUUUUUUUCAAAGGAUUUGAUUUUUUUUAGAUUUGUUUUAAAGGGAGCUGUGCUGUCUUUCUAAUUAAGUUUCAAAUUAAUUAAAGUCUUGUUUCACAUCAAGUGAGAUCUGCACUGUGUUUAAUUUGCAUCGUUUUUGUGAAAGCUUUAAGAUGUUCAUUUGGUGAAACUGUUUCUUAAAACAGCUACAUUUUUCAGGUCGAAAAGUUUUUGUUAAUUUUUAUGAUGUGUUAAAUUUGUAAUAUGCGAUUUAUGAAAACUGGAUGAUUGAUACUACAUCUUUGCAUAUAUGAAGUCAACUUCAAGUCCAUUUAAACGUGGUGAUAAGAAGGAACAUAUUGGAAAAAUAUAGCAUAUUAUUGACAUCCAGUUGUCAAGAACAAAUGACCUUUGAAUGUAGUGUUUCUGCAUAGGUUUGAAUGAUUUUACUCAUGGCUUGCAUUAAUGAUAGUGUACAGCUGGAUUUGUUUUCUAUGUCAGUAUAUUAUUAUUUAGAUUUUUUCAUUUUCUACUGAAAGCCUUAAAUGCUGCUGAUAAUUUCUAGAUGGUUUAUAUUAUUAGCCCUGUGCAAUGGCAGUAGGUCUGUGGGGCGGUAUAUGUUAAGCCCAGGCGACAUUUGUUAUGCUAGAACCAGACCCACUACUGUAUGGAAUGUUUUCCUUGAAAAAGGUCAUUUUGUACACAUUUGUAGAGCUUACUGAAAAAAGUUUAUUUUUUUUAAUAUUAGGCAGUAAUAAAAGAU